AUGCACGCUGCAUGCGAUUGCUUUGCCAAAUCGGACUUUUCCGGUGCACAAAAAUCGGACUUUUCCGGUGCACUAAAAAAAUUUACAUUAGCCAACGCAAGCUCAAGGGUGCCACUACUUGGCCAAGUGAAAGAAUUUCUCCCCGUCGGAUAUUUUAUUGGAGGUCGAUUUUAUACUUUGCUUAGGAUUGGCUAA